AUGCACGCAUGUCCUGUUCCCGCCGCUGGCCUGCUCUGCCCAACCAUGCUACUGCUCCUCGCUCUGCUAGCCACUCCCCCCGCUGUCGCCGCCGUAAACAUGUCGACGGUGCCCUGCGCAUCAGCGUUGUGCGAGAACCUCACCAUCGCCUACCCGUUCUGGCUCGCCGGCACUCAUCCGCCGGAGUGCGGCUACCGGGCUUUCGAGGCCGCGUGCGACAAGGGCAACGUAUCCCUGAAGAACUCCUACUGGAAUUACCAGGUCAUGGAUAUCUUCUACGAGAACAGCUCCUUCAUAGAAGUGGACCCGUCGUAUGACACUUGCGACGUCGACAAUUUUGUCAAUGCCUCCUCCGACCUAGGCAUUGGGCCAGAUUGCCAAGGGCAGGCGCGGACCAGCUCGUUCGUCUGGCUUGCUGGGAAGUACAAGCCCGACAACAUUCUGAAGCCGCUGCCGGGGAACUGCAUAGUGUCGUCAUUGAUGCCGGUGCUGGGAUACCAGCGGGAGGUGGCGGCCUACUACGACCGCCUAAUGAAGGGUGGGUUUAUCUCCUAG